AAAUAGAUGAGAUUAAUAAUAACCUGCGGCUUCUUGUCGUCUCCAGUCAGCUGUUCUCUCUCGUGUAGUUGGACGCGCUGUGUUGCCGGUGAAAGUGAAAUUUGUUGAAGAAUCCCUUAUCAUAAUCUUUGAUUAUUGAAUGAGGGCUUCCAUUAAUCGACCUCCGACGCCUGAACCGGAGGAUGAUCGAGAGCACCACCCCACUUUUCAAGAAACAAUCAACAUCAAGCUGAUUGAAAGUGGCGAAAAAGAGCGGUUGAAAGAGCUCUUGAGAGAAAGGCUCAUUGAAUGCGGUUGGAAAGAUGAGAUGAAAGCACUUUGCAGGGCAUAUGUAAGGAAGAAAGGAAGGAACAAUGUUAGCGUUGAUGACCUUGUGCAGGUCAUUACUCCAAAAGGCAGAGCCUCAGUUCCAGAUUCAGUGAAAGCCGAGCUGCUGCAGCGCAUCCGAUCUUUCCUUGCAUCAACAGCCAUCUGACAUACACGAGAUGACUGCAAGCUGCCGAAAAGUAUCUCCUUCAUACCCUUACUAAACCGGCUAAAACCAAUUAAUUUACUUUAUAUGUGGAAUUUGUUUGGACUAUUUAUCAAACUAGAUCGAUUCUGAUGGAGAAUCCUAGUCAAGUUCCAUUUUCAGGUUACAAAGAAUGUCGCAUUGUAUAAGCUCGCUGUCAACAAAAUCCGGGUUAGUGAGUGUUUUGUUGUAGAAUGCAUGUAAAAAGCUAGCUGUAUGAGAUUUAUUUAAUGCUUUCAUGAUGACAACUCUGUUUUUACCGAAAAUUUGGUUGGGUCUAUUUUGAUGGUAUAAUUAUAUAUUUUGAUUUGUUCAACUGUUUA